AUGGUUGCGGAUACUGGAGGAAAGCUUUCAAGAGCUAAGAUUCGGUUGCCAGCAACUGCAACAGUUUGGGGCUUGGUCGUCGAAUCGUCUGCUUAUACAAAGCUGGUCGUGAGAGGAUUGCACGAACCUUAUCUAUCCAAAGCUCGAGAAUUCAUUGGCGAUGAAGAAAGCAUGUUUGUGGCAAGGUUGGUUCCGCCCCUGUCAACAUGUUUAUUGCAGCACGGAACAUUGAAGGGACGCAGGCACUUGUCCCGCCUGCCUUUACAGGACAUCUAUCAGUUCGGCGACAUGUUGUCUGCUCUUCUGAUGCAAACUGAUGCUGGCGACAGGUAUUCUGUAAGUCAGCUAGAGGAGGUCUUCGGAGAGUGUCCGGCACGCGAUGGCCUCGGUGCUUUUCAAAACAGAAGUAUGGUGUUCUAUCGCUUAAAUAUCGCUAGGUCCGGAUCUGCGAUAUCUGCGGUUCCAAGCCCACAGCAGCAACACCUGUCGGCACCAGCGGGCUCUGAUGAGCAUCAGCGCCACCGUACAACAGUGCAAUGCCUUCUGCAGAAGACUAGGUCAGCCAUAGAUGCAAGUGACCCUGCAGCAGCAAGGCGUGCCUUGUUGCAAAUCGAAUCAGCUUUGGAUGCAAGAUGCGGAACAGUGACAAGGACACGCACUGAUCCAACAUCUGGGGAAAAGAAGCUGAUCGGAGGGUACACUUAUCUGCCGAAGUUUUUGUUGGAUGCCGUUCUGAUGUGUGAUACACUGACAGAGCCAUCUCUGUUGACGACUGCUAUGCUGCACUCAUGCCGGAUGCUCAUGCGCCCCGUCAUGUUUCAACACUUCAAACAAGAGCUGAUGCAAGCGCGUCUGCCGCAGGCGCCGUGCUUGUACGAUGCCAGAAUCACCUUCGACAUGUGCAGCAUGUUAUGGGCGAGGGAGCACCUGUUGUCCUUGAAAGCAGAUCGGGCAAAGCCGUGGGUUUUGCAUCUUCGCUGCGAUUCUAGCCCGCAGUUUGGACGGGACUAUCUUGUGUUGCAGGCAGACUACAUACAGUAUGGUAUUGAUGCUGCUUCCACAGUAAUUCAAAAGCGGCUGCUUCCUAUCCAGUGCGUUGGUUCCCGAGCUGGAAGCGAAGCUCACAAGCUUGACAAGCUGUUGCACAGCUUGACGUUGGAGUCGGAGCAGGUGUCCUUUACCGCUGAGAGGGUGGCAUCUCUGCUCACGGACUUCGGGGUGGAGUCGGCUGCGUGGUUUUUACCGAACAUUGUCGAUGAGGGAGAGAGGAGCAACGGUGCCAGUGCUGUUCAUGACGCUGCCGCUGCCAGCGCUGUGCUGUUCAAGUAUUGCAUGCCACUUCCCGAUUGUCACGAGGCAGCAAUCACACUCAAGCUGAACCUUGUUGCUAUUGAUGCUUCUGUUUCUGCAACGCAUGGACGUGCAUCUCAGGGCAUCCGGCUGAAGAAGUCUUUCGAAGAGAUGUUCAACAGCACGAGGUAUUAUCUUGGUUAUUACCGCGUCGAGAAGCGCUUGCGCAUUUGUGUAGUUGCUGUGAAGUUCUGGGCGGUUGCCUUUUUGGUAUGGCAGCUUGCAGAUUGGGGCGCCGCCCAGGGUUUCUUGGACAGUCUUCCCUCAAACGUUUCCGAAACGUUGAUCGAAGACUUUCGGACGUGCAAAAUAGCAAAGGUUCAGAGGUUUCAGCAGGUCUAUGGGUAUUGGAGAGAAAUUCCGUGGCGCCUGUGUGCUGUUGGUAUGCCACUCUUUCACAACACACCCGAUCGGGUUGCUGCAAGCAAAGCUUUCGCUUUGGAUGCCAUUGAGCAAUGGAAUCAGGGCAAACUUCGUGACAGACAUCAUUUCCAAAUGGCCCAGAAGUUCCUCGACCCGUCUCACAAGAACGGUCUGUAUGCACAUCUGCUUCAUUGGAGUCGUUCGCCUUCGCAUGAUAUGCCGCAAAUGUUGGCGAAAGAACUGAUGAAAUAUACCAGUGCCCUCACGACGAUGCAACGGCUGGAAGCCCAACAUCACUAUGUCAACACCCGGAUGUCAAAUGCCCGUGCAUCGCUUCCAGCUUCACUUUGCGCAUCCCUGCGCAGACGCAGUAACAAGGAUUUGGAAACUCAGUCUUUCAGAAAACACAUCGACAAGUAUGUAGAGAGCUUGCCAAAACUGCUUGCUGUGAAAUGGGAUUCGCGAAACGAAUUGAUUCGCCAUGUGUAUGGAUUUUCGAUUGACUCCAUGCAUGGAGAUGUGUCCGGGCUGGCCACACAGAUCCAAGCGGCCAAGGAAGCAUUGUUGAAGAUGAGCGGUGACCGUGCAGCCAGAGUUGCGGGAAUGCGCAGGGAUCUCGAUGCGCCAGCAUCCGAGUCUGAGCGGGCCAUGCGGUCAGAGAUUCAGAAAAUCGGCCUGGCUGCCGCGGGCCAGAACUGCAUGGUGCCCCAGCAUCUUGUUGUCAGCGGCAAGCUUGAAGCUGAGCUCUCGCUGAUGCGCGAGCAUGGGUUGACGAGCUUACAAGACGGGAAGUUGUAUCUCACUUCAUGUGCUCUUGCGACGACGCUUGUGUUGUGCCGUCCUGUCAGUGUGGAUGCCGACGCAAGAGAAACUGCAUUGGAACUUCGAGAGUCACUUCUCGAACGUGGUUGGGCGACUAGAGAUCUAGCUGGCUCCUGUUCAGUGCGAGACAAGCAGAUGAUGGGAGUUCAACAUGCAGAAUACUACAAGUUGCUUCUGAGUUACGAGGAGCAGAUACUGCUCCUGACCGAACAAAAUUCUUUCUCACACAACCAGAAGAAACUGUAUUAUGAUGCAUUGGUGCUGAUUUGUCAGCGCGAACCCUUCGCCCCUUGA